AUGUCUUUCGCACCUAGCGGCACCGGACCACUUGCGUCCAACAGUAACCAAUAUUCCAUUACUCAGCACCCAUUGGAAGCUAUCGCCACGGGCAUUAUGGGUGUUGGACACUCGGAGACUCGUCUACCGAGAACAACUCAUAUGAUGGGUGCGAACGAAGGACCCGCCGAUGUAGCUGCCAAGAUCUCGGGUGUUAUUCAAGGGGGCAUUAGAAAUGAUGAUGCUCCCUACUUCACGAACAAUGAGGGUAUCCCCUGGCCCGACGCCUCUCAUAGCAAGACCAUUGGUGGUAUUCCGGUUGCUAGUGAUGUCUACUUGUUCCAGAAGCAACAAACAUUUAACCGUUCCAAGAACUUAGAGCGUAUGGUCCACCCUUGCGGCAGUGGUGCUUUCGGUUAUUUCGAGGUGACCAAGAACGUCUCAGAUCUUACGAAAGCAAACUUCCUCCAAAAGGUCGGUGAGAAGACACCCGUCUUCACUCGCUUCUCGACGGUAACUCUGGGUAGAGAGUACCCUGACCAAGCACGUAACCCUCGUGGUUUUGCCAUCAAGUUUUAUACCAAGGAGGGCAACUACGACAUCGUCGGUCUCAAUUUCCCCGUCUUCUUCUGCCGCGACCCGAUCCAGGGGCCCGACGUGAUCCGCUCGCAGUGGCGCUCGCACCGCAACUUCCUGCUGGACAACAACUCCCUGUUCGACCUGCUGGCCAACACGCCCGAGGCCAACCACGCGGGCCUCAUGUUCUUCUCGGACCACGGCACACCCGUGGGCUGGCGCCACAACAACGGCUACGGCUGCCACACCUUCCGCUGGGUCAACGCCCAGAACGAGUUCGUCUACAUCAAGUACCACUUCAUGGCCAAGCACGGCACGAAGCAGUUCGCGUACGACGAGGCCAUCCGCACCAUGGGUGAGGACCCGGACUACUCCAAGCGUGACCUCUGGGACACGAUCGAGGCGGGCGAGACGCCCGAGUGGACCGCGUAUGUGCAGGUGAUGCAGCCGCAGGACGCGUGCCCGCAGACGCUCGGUUUCGACCCAUUCGAUGUGACCAAAGUGUGGCCGCGGGACCGGUUCCCGAUGCAGGAGUUCGGGCGGCUGGUGCUGAACAAGAACCCGGAGAACUUCCACCGGGAUGUGGAACAGGCGGCCUUCUCGCCGGGUAGCAUGGUGCCCGGGAUCGGCGACUCGCCCGACGCGCUGCUGCAGUUCCGCAUGUUCUUCUACCGCGAUGCACAGUACCACCGCAUGGGUAGCACGAACCUGCACCAGAUACCGGUCAACUGCCCGUUUAUGGCGCAGAGCUACUCGAGCAUCAACUUCGACGGCAACAUGCGGUCUGACGCCAACCACGCCGGUAACCCGCAGUAUAACCCCAACAGCCAGACGUACAAAUUCCGGCCGGACACGGCCGAGGCGCCCAUGCAGGUCAGCGACAGCAUCAUGAGCCGCAAGAGCCACUACUGGCACGAGGGCAAGGACAACGACUACGACCAGGCCCGCGAGCUGUGGGCCCGCGUUAUGAGCGUUAAGGAGAAGACCAACACCUGCUACAACACGGGCAAGUUCUUGAAUCUGUGCAACGUCCCGCUCAUCCAGAAGAAGUACCUGGCGCAGAUCUAUAGGAUUGCGCCCGAGUACUCGCAGGGAGUGUACGAGCAGCUGAAGAAGGAUUUCGACUUCACCGAGGUUGUCGAGCUCUCGAGGGGUUGCGAGAAGUGGUACAAGGAGGAGAAGUUUUCACCUACGGGUGAGAUGUUGACCGGAUACGCGCCUCAGGUGCCUGUCUAUAAUGUAUAG